UUUUCAAAAUACAUUAUUAUUUGGUGCUCCGUAUUCUUGAAACAUCUAAGACAACUUCAGCAUGCUGGCUGGGGAAUUCUGGGAGCUGAAGUCCACACAUCUUAAAAUUACCAAGUUUGAGAAACAUUCAGUUAAGGGCUCUUGAAUAGUCAUCUUCAAUUUUCAAUGUCUCCAAAGUCAUUGAUCUUCUGCUCCCAGAAUUCCUGCCUGCCCUUCCUUUGGAGAAUUCUGGGAAUUGAAGUUCAAAGAUCUUACAGGACACCAGACUGGGUGUGGCUGUUCUGGAACACUGCAUCUGUUCUGGAGAGUUCUAUGGAAGCAGAAUGCCCCACCAGGGCCCCCAUUGUCUGGUCUGGAGAUGUCAUGUUCUGGAAUAAGGAACGCAGCCGAGAAUGGGUUGUGAAAACCUGUCUGUGGCCUUAGCAAUUGUUCUGCUUCUUGAGCCUUGCCUUUCUCUGGCUUGCUUGCAGUGUGACCCCAAUUUUGCUAGCCACUUUUCCUCUUAUGCCCCAAACUUGAGUCGCAAGUCUUGGGGGCUCGGGGUCGUGCCAGCGGCAGGACGAAGGCUGCGGGGCUGGGUUCAAGAUACUCUUCAAGGACUGAACCUCAAGAUUUCCCCCGACAUCCCUAAGGAGAAGUUGCACACCAUAGCUACCACGGUGUAUGGAAAACUCGACAUGUUGUUCAAAAACCACACCUACAAACCUGGUGAUCUUCCAAAAAACCUGGACUCUAUUUUUGAAGAACAAAUCAAAAUGCUACAGGACGCCAUCAUUGAUAGCAGAAUCAAGUGUGAAAACCACUGUGGCAUAAACCACUAUGAAGCUAUCUCCUGUGAGACAUGCAACGCAACCAAACCAACUUGCUUUGGCUAUAGCUGCGAAUCCUCAAAAAAAUGGAAAGAUGCCUUGAAUGACCUCUAUGAAUAUGUGAAGAAUUUGAACACGGAACCAGGGGAGUGGGCAGCGGCCCUAAGACAAGUCCCUGCCUUUAGUCAUUGUACUGCCAAAAGCCCAGAGACACUGAAUUUUACAAGUAUAGGAGAUACUCUGUCAAAAAACUGGCUCAGAUUGAUGGCUUUGAAGGAUAUGGAAGAGGAUGCAGCUCUCUUACAACUACUUGAGCCUAGUUGUUGAACUGUUGAGUUGCUGUUUCUUUUGUGUAACACAAAUGUGACGCACAAAAUAAAAUGA